AUGGCAAAUGUAAAAGCGGGCAAUAGUUCCUUUGUUGGGUCCGUAAUAAACAUGUCUGCUAUACUUAUAGGACUUGGCCAGCUAUCAACUCCAUAUGCUUUACAAAAAGGCGGAUGGACAUCUUCAUUUCUCCUGGUAGGGUUUGGUAUAUUGUGUGCAUAUACCGCACAUCUCUUAGAGAAAUGUCUCGAGAGAAAUAAAACGCUAAGAAACUACUCUGAUAUUGGAAAUGAUGCUUUCGGUACUAUAGGUAAAAAUAUAGCUUCAACCUUUGUUUACUUGGAAGUCUUUAUGGCCCUUGUUUCUUUCACUAUUGCAGUGAAUGAUAAUUUGGCAACAAUAUUCACCGGAAAACACUUGAGUAUUUCAUGGAUUCAUCAGCUCUCAACAUCUCAAUUCUUGACUAUUGUAGUAGUUAUUAUUGCAUUACCUACUGUAUGGUUGAAAGAUCUUUCCAAGAUAUCCUUCUUAUCAAUCGUGGGAAUUCUGUGCUCGUUCCUUAUCUAUAUCAGUGUGGUAUAUAUUACGAUAUUCGGAGGUAUCAAGGCUAACAAAUCUAUACCCGUGCUUCAAAUACAAAACAUUCCUGCCAUAUCUGGUUUAUAUAUUUUCAGUUUUUCGACUCAUGUUGUCUUCCCCGAUAUUUACAAAUCCAUGAAGGACCCUUCCAAAUUCACAAAGGUAUCGGUUGUGAGCUUCACAAUUGUCACAUUUUUUUACACAACGAUGGCAUUCAUGGGAGCAAAGCUAUUCGGGUCUGAACUGAACUCACAAGUAACAUUGAACAUGCCUCGCCAUAUUUUUGUCACAAAGAUUGCUUUAUGGGCAACUGUUAUAGCACCUAUAACAAAAUACGCAUUCGCACUCGUUCCAUUAGCAUCGCAGUUAUACGAUCAAAGAUUACCUUCAUCUGUGAGUGCAAAUAAAAGAUUGUUCAUUAGGGGUUUCGUAGGGUCUUUGCUGCUCAUAAUUGUCCUAAUAUUGGCCUUAACAGUUCCUUACUUUGAGCAAGUUCUUGGCCUAACUGGCUCCCUUGUUAGUAUUGGAGUUUCGGUUAUAUUUCCUUGUGGUUUUUAUACCAAAAUGUUUUGGUCCCAAAUUUCAAGACAUCGUCUAUUGGUGAAUGCAAGUCUAAUGGUUUUAGCUUUGGUUUUAGGUGUGCUUGGUACUAUAUCAUCCUCAAAAUCACUUGUAGAUAAAAUCGUAGAGAAGUAA